ACAGUUAACUACCGACACCACCAAAGAAGAAGAAAUAAAGCGAGAAGAAGCAGCCACCCGGAAGUUCAUACAGUAAACAGUUGAGCAGACGUUUUUCUGGCCGUUAUAUUUUCACUUUUAGCGUCAUUUUGUCGCUAAAAUGUCGAAAAUCGAGAUGCUCCGUAUUCUGAUCAACGAGCGGCUGACUGCGGCCGCGGAGGAGAUCUUCGGAGUUUUCGGAAGAACCAUCGCCGAGUACGAGGAGGAAAUCAGCCUCUUGAAGGGGGAGAUCGACCGCCAGCAGAGGCUUCUGGAUUUGCGCAAGAAGCCGCGCGUUUCUCUGCAAGACGGCGCAGGUGUGCCCGCCGAUGAUGUGAGCAGGCACCCAGCAGAUUUCUCAGAGCCGCACAGAUGGACUGCUAGUCCGGAUGACGUAAAGGCUUCUGACAUCAAAGAGGAAGAGGAAGAGCUAUGGUCCAACCAUCAGGAUGAGUCGCUGGCAGCGGCCAAGCAGAACCAAACGAGCAUUGUGGCAUUCCAGAGUAGCAGCACAGGAAACCAGCAGGACCCCGAAAUACUUCCUUCUUCGCUGCCGCACAUCCAAAGUCGGGAUCCAGAUGACUCUGAUAACGGCGGCUCAGUCCUGCAAACCUCCACGGAUCCCGAUGAAGACUUCCCUGAUUCGUCAGACCUGCCUUUAGGUGACGGCCAGCUCGACUGUCUCAAACUGGAUGCAUCACUUUGCGAGGUGGUGGACUCGUACAUUUGUAGCAUCUGCGGUCGGGUGUUCGCGCAGCGCGGACACUGGGCCAAACACGUGCAGGUGCACCGAAAGGCUGAGAAGAAAGUCGAUAAGUCUUACGUGUGCAACAUUUGCGGGAAGAGACUCACACGGUUUGACGGCUACCAAAAGCACCUGAGGAUUCACACGGGAGAGAAACCGUACUGCUGUGAAAUUUGUGGCCGAAAAUUCAGCGACAACUCCAACUACAAGCGACACGUCCGCAUACACAAGUCUCAGCUGAGGCUCCAGGACAACAUGGUGUUCGGAUUCACGCCACAGUGACCGGCAGGAUGAAGUAAGACUGACGCUUCGCUUGAGUCCAUCAGUGUUUUUAAACACAGACCUUUAACUCACUGUGGACGUGGAAUGGAUUCUGUUUGGUUGUGGUUCUGUUUGGAGCCAAUGAAAUAUCAGGAUUGAACGUGUCGACCGCGACUUGAUAAAUGAGCGUGUUUUUCUACAAACAAGCAAGCUGCUGUUAGAAGUUGAUCGCGCUCUGGAACGAGACUAGUUUACACUCUGAAAGCACUUUAACUUGAAAGAAGUUCUCGCCUCACUUUUGUUUGUCAAUUUUUGUCAUGCCAGAGAAUCUGUUUCCAACCUGCAGCCACCUCCUACCAAAAAACAACAUUUUUUGUUUGUUUGUUUUUACAUCACCUACGCAUCCAUGGUAGCUAAGUAUAGAUCACAUUUUCGAGAAAUUAGCAAGCUAAGAAAAAACAGUGAAGCUGUCUGAGGGCCUUUUUGGGGACUUCAGAUCUGCAAUCAACAAAUUAACCCGAGAGCUUCGGCACAAACCGCCGUGGCUCCGAGCUCUCGAACGCCAAAACAGGCCUCGCGUCGUCGCUGCUACAUACGGCUUAAAUUUGGAACUUUUGCAUUUUCAUGCAUAUAGUAAGUCCCUUCGGCUGCUCCCUUGUUUGCACUCGGGGUCUCCACAGCAAAUCCAAGGUGAAUCUGCAUGUUGAACUGGCACAGGUUUUACGCCGGAUGCCCUUCCUG